AUGGCCGCCAUGAGAUUGCUCGUGCUCGCGGCCCUCGGCGCCGUCGGCGCCGUGGAGCUGGGCAAGACGACCUACAAUUUGAACCUCAUCGUCGAGCGCGGCGAGUUCGAGAAAACACUCGCGGACGCGCAGGCGCUCCUCGAGGAGACGAAGCGCAAGAAGAUGGGCGUCGCCGUGCAGCUCCUGCUGCGCUCCGCCGCCGACAAGAUCACCAAGUCCUUCGAGGAGCUCGAGAAGCGGCGCGCCGACGAGGCCAAGGCGGAGGCCAAGGCCAGCGCGGCGGAGGCCGCGCGGCCCUACGAGGCGCCGACGACGCUCACGAACGCGUCCGUGGGCGUGAAGCCCCUCAAGGCCUUCAAGGCCACGGCGAAGAAAUCGAACACGAUCCGCCGCGUGACCCUCGCCGAGUGGGGCGACCUCGAGGCGUCGGGCAAGCUCACGGACGCGCUGAAGAAGCCCAUGAUCCUCGAGGGCGCGCUCGGCAACCGCGACGCGCUCCGGGAGUCGUUCCACGCGGCGCGGCUCAUGGAGGACCCGGCCUUUUCCGACGUGCGCAUCGAGUACGUGACGCCGGCCGUCGCGCGGUCGAAGCGCACCUUCGAGGAGCAGGACGCGAGCGCGCCGCAGGAGUACGAGCACACGGCGAUCAGCCUCGAGCGCUACUUCGUCAACUGCUUCAACCUGCGGGCGAAGCCCGACUUCCGCAAGCGCGGCGGCGGCCAGACGGAGCACUGCGAGCAGGAUUUGGCCUUCGGGAGCGUCGCGGGCGCGAACGCGAGCGGCAUCCUCGACGGGUCGCCGCUCGCGGAGCUCGCGGGCGCGGGCCUGGACUACGACCGGGGCCGCGCGGCGUUCCUCGUCGACGCCGCGACCCGGGGCGUCGCGGGCGCGGCGCGCGCGCUCGGCGGCGGCACGACGCGCCUCGUGCUCGGCCCCGCGGGCUCGGGCGAGCACCUGAGGAACCAGCGAACGCCGUUCCUCGACGGCCUCGUCCACGGCAAGCGGCGCUGGUUCGCCAUGUCGCCGGCGGCCUUCGGCAAGCUGCGCGCCGUCGCCGAGGCCGCGGAGACGCUCGAGCCGUCGAGCGCGUUCGUCUUCUUCGAGUCGCAGCUCGAGGAGCUCGUCGAGGACCUGGGGCUCGGCGGGUCGAAGAUGCGCUACGCCGAGGGCACGCAGGAGCCGGGCGACGUGCUCUUCAUGCCGCCGGACACGGUCUUCACGAGCCUGACCUACGCGGACGCGGUGUCGGUCCGGGGCCUCGCCGCGGGCGCGCACGAGGCGGCCUACACGACGGACGCGAAGCUCUGGAUGCCCGCGGGCGGCCACAUCCCGGAGAACGUCGCCGCGGCGGCGUGCUACGGCAAUUCGGAGUUUCUCUUCGACGCGGCCGCGGCCGCCGCGGCGACGCCGGGCGACGCGCACCCCGCGGCCGCGCAGAUCGUGGGCAUCGCGGACCAGAUCCUGCCCCAGAUCUACGGCACGGCCGAGGCGCGCGACGGCCUCGCCCUCGGCGCUCUCGCGGACUGCGCGGGCUACGCGGCCGUCGCGGGCUCCAUCAAGGGCUCCCAGUGCGAGGUCCACGCGGCCGCGUGCGCGCGCGUCCUCGGCCUCGACGGCGCGCCCUGGCUCGCGGACCUCCUCUCGGGCAUGUUCGUCAAGAAGCGCGACUGGUAG